GGUGAAUGAACCCCCAGGGUGGGUGCGUCCCCCCCUGUGUGGAAAGGAGCGAGGGGGCUCACCCUGAGGUGGGGGUUCCCCUGCUCUAAGGUGAGGGGCUCACCCUGAGGUGGGGGCUCACUCACCCACCCUGAAGUGGGGGUCCCCCACUGCCCUGAGGUGAGGAGGUUGCCCUCCCUAAGGUGAGGGCACCCCAAGGCAGAGCAGGGUUUCUGCACUGCCUCCAAUAUCUGGUUUGUUCAGGGUGCUCCCCAACACCUCCCCACCUUCUUGCCAUGUGUUUUUCAUGCCAUUUUGUGAUCCUAGGUGUGAAAUUUGGGAAUGUUGCAUGGCGGAGAGGCCGGCUGGGUUUUGCUGGCUCUGGUAACUGUCUGGGAGUGGGGGGGACCCCUUGAAGCAGUUGUCGCAGGCCCAAGGCAGAGUAACAAAAAGUUCAGUGGAGGACAGAGAUGGGGUUCACUGGCCCAAUGUUCUUCAGCUGUUCAUGGAGGCCUGAUAACUAUAGCACAAAGCCCUAGUUAUCCCCAUUUUAUAGAGAUCGAGGAAAGGGUGUUACUUUUUCAAGGUCAUACACUAGGCUAGCGCAGAACAGGUCCCUCCAGUCCGAAUUCAUUUUUAAGUCAGUCAGUCCCUAUAAAGCAAACAAGCAGAGAUUGUUUGAUAUAGGAUAGAUGCUGGGGUUGUGCCAGCACUAUAAUUACCCUGUGACAAGGUGUUGGGAUUAGGGAGAUGGGAGGGUUUUGUGAUGCCAGGAAGGCCGUGGAGGAAAGAAGUGGAGCCGUGCCAGGCAGUUUAGCCAGCAAUAUAGGAGAGAAAUACAUAGCAGUUGAGGUAAGGCAGUGAAGUGCCUAAGAGAAAGAAUGAUUACUGUGUUAUUAGUUAUAGCACAGUAAAAUCUCAGGGUCAUUUUUUUUAACCUUUUUUUUUUUUUUGACUCAUUAUUGAGGGGGGAGGGUUGGAUUCAUUGCAGCCUAGUUUUCUAUUUUUCUUCUGAUGAUCCCAAGAAAAAAACAACAGCAAAAACAUGUUUGUGUAUCUGUGUUUGAAGCAAGGAGAUUAAAUCCAAAAUGAGACACAUCUGAUUUUUGAAGACGAAAAUAUACUAUAUAUGGAAGCUUUAGGGUUGUAUAUUGGUAGUUUUUAAUUCUACAGAUGGUGUAUGUAUAUGAUGCACCACCUCAUAGCUUCCAUCAGCUUGUUUGUAAGACUUUGCUAUUGUGACAACUAUAUUUCUAAUUUACUCUUUUAUGUAAAUGGAAAUUUGAUAUGUCUGUUGUUUAUAGCAUACAGGAUGCCGUAAUGAAUCAAAAAGAGGAAAGGAACGUAACAAGAGGAUGGGGAAAUGGAUAAAUAAAAGUCUAUCAGGAGUUAAAUUUGAGGGAAAGGGCUGCAAAAGUAGAAAUAAUUGAGAACAUUUUGGAAUUGGAGAGGAGUAAGAAGUAGCGGGAACAAAUGCUACUAACAGGUGUUGGAAUGAAAAGAAUGUUUAUGAGAGCAUUUCUCGUAUUUGUGUAUGCAUGUUUAAUUGAGAAAGGAGUUUGAAAGUCAAAUCCAAGAUGAAGAAGCAGCAUUAGCAUUUAUAGGGAGUAAGAGGAUCAAGAGAACUAAGAGGGAUAUUAGUUACUGAUGUUCUCUGUAAGUACUGUUUUUUCAGAUAUUAAUGCGAUUUAAACAUAUUUCAUACUGUAUUGUCUGUACAAUAUCUUUCUCAAGGUUUUAUGUGACCAGUAGAACAAACUAAUACCCCACGUUUAAGCGUCUUUUAAGCCUGUGCUAUCCAUAUCAUAGUAUCCUGAACCUUUCUCCUUCUAUCCCCUGGAGAAAUCCCAUUACGACAAUCCCAAGGGGCAAGCAGUGGCAUGUGCCAGCUGCCCAGUAUUUCUGGGUGCUGCCAAGUGGCUCAGCAAACAGAGUUCUGCCUGCUUUCAUCAAGGGACCUAACUCGAGCCCUCCUCUUCUGUGCGAGUGCCAGCUUUCGGAGAAGUUGGAUGGACUUAGUUCUCUCAGACUUUUUUUAAUCCUAUUUCAAAUUGGCUACUGAGUUCAAAAGUUAUUAGAGGCUGAGUUGUAGACUUAAAUUAAAAAUACAGGAAGUGGUUGCAUUCUGAAUUGGGGAAACAAACUAUAAUAUGAGUAUUUUAAGAGGUAUUUGAUACUUAUCAGAAAGUGUCCAUCUUUAUUUAAACAGUGGAAAGCAACAGGAGGAUGGAGAGAGUUCAGGAUGGAGUAAUCAACCACUAUACUCUGCUCAGCAGAGUACAGAGGGUGUGUAAGCACAUGCGUCUUUUCUGCAAACCACUGUUGGUCACACAACCAAAAGAGGCAGUGAGCUUUCACAGCCAUGUUAGCCUUAAUUUUGAAGGACAAAGCAACUCAGCUGGUUUGAUCCUCUCUUGUCAGAGCAGCUGUGCAGCGCUUUACCUUGAAUGCCACGAACUCCGUGGGACACGGACUGUGCUAUAGGAACACUUGGGAGAAUAUUUCGGAAGCGUUAAAUGAGGAGCAACCCUUGGCGUCUGGCUAAGACACCGACACAGGUAAUAUAUCCUCCACAUUCAAAACUCACAGAUAAAGAGAAAACCAGUAUUUGCUAUUUGUCUUUUCCAGAUUCCAACUCAGGUUGUCUUGGGGACACGCAGUUUUGUUUUAGAUUUCGACGGUCUCCUGGAAGGAAAGUUUCAUUGUGUUGUUUUCUGGACCAAUUGGAUAGAGAUCUACCAGUUUACUUAAAGAAAGAUCCAGCAUAUUACUAUGGCUAUGUAUAUUUCAGACAAGUUCGAGACAAAUCAUUAAAAAGAGGCUAUUUCCAGAAGUCGCUGGUCCUCAUCAGCAAGCUGCCAUAUGUCCAUCUCUUUCGCACUGUGCUUAAGCAAAUAGCACCAGAAUAUUUUGAAAAAAGUGAAGCUUUCCUGGAAGCAGUCUGUAGUGAUGUUGAUCGCUGGCCACCACCAAUUCCAGGGGAGAUACUACAUUUGCCUAUCAUGGGCAUUAUAAUGAAGCUGCGGAUUCCAACAUAUCGUGACAAGCCUGGAACAACCCAAAUAGUACAGAACAUGCACCAGGCAAAUGCUCAGAUCUCUAUGGCCUUACCCACUGUUCAUGAAGUAGACCUUUUCAGGUGUUUCUGUCCAGUAUUCUUUCACAUCCAGAUGCUUUGGGAACUAGUACUGCUAGGAGAACCACUUGUAGUGAUGGCACCAUCACCAUCAGAAUCUUCAGAAACCGUGUUGGCACUUGUGAGUUGUAUUUCACCAUUAAAGUACUGCAGUGAUUUCAGGCCGUACUUUACCAUACAUGACAGUGAAUUCAAAGAAUAUACAACUCGCACACAAGCCCCACCAUCUGUCAUUCUAGGGGUGACGAAUCCUUUUUUUGCUAAAACACUCCAGCACUGGCCCCACAUUAUUCGGAUUGGAGAUAUUAAACUUCCAGGUGAUGUUCCAAAGCAGGUGAAAGUGAAAAAACUGAAGAACCUAAAAACUUUGGACUCCAAACCCGGUGUUUAUACCUCUUAUAAGCCAUACUUGAACAAAGAUGAAGAAAUUGUUAAACAGUUACAAAAGGGUGUGCAACAGAAACGUCCUACAGAAGCACAGAGUGUGAUUCUUCGGAGGUACUUUCUGGAAUUGACAGAAAGUUUCAUUAUUCCACUAGAACGUUAUGUGGCAAGUCUAAUGCCUUUGCAAAAAUGUAUAUCACCAUGGAAGAGUCCACCGCAACUGAGGCAUUUUAGCCAAGAUGAAUUCAUGAAGACGCUAGAAAAAGCAGGACCACAGCUCACUUCGGGUUUAAAAGGAGAUUGGAUAGGACUUUACAGGCAUUUUUUGAAAUCACCGAACUUUGAUGGCUGGUUUAGGAGCCGGCAGAAAGAAAUGACACAGAAGUUGGAGGCCCUUCAUUUAGAAGCACUCUGUAAUGAGAAUUUGGUUUUCUGGAGUCAGAAGCAUACUGAAGUAGAAGCGGUGGAUCUUGUCUUAAAGUUAAAGAACAAACUGUUGCAGGCUGACAGAGAACAUCUUCCCGUGAAAACUGACACACUGAAAAAGCUGCAGGCACACAUCCAUGAUAUUAUACUAGCACUUCCAGAUGACUUGCAGGAUAUCUUGCUCAAAACUGGCACAACGUGAUUUCUACUGGCCUUUUGUGUGUGUGUGUUUGUAUGUGUGCAGAAAAUGGAAGGUGAAUGUAGUGUUGUGGAAGACAGUGGCUUACAAAGUUCAGGACACAUAUCUAAAUAGUAUGUUAACACUACAAACGGACUACACUAGUAGUAUAGUCCACUGUAAUAUUUUCACCGUUUUUUCCCCACUUAAGUACCAAUGCAAUUAAAUGAAUUCCUGUGUCUAAUAACGUUUCAAAUAAGUGCUCUUAAAGAAAAAUCUGUGGGCAUCUGAAAUUAUACCACAGUAUAGGACCACAGUGCAGUGCUGGCAUUGCAGAACAUUUUCUAAUUGGUGCUGCUAUACCCAAUCCUGUUAACUCAGGGGUAAGCAAUAUUGAUCCUGUACUGUCCUGUUGAUGUAGUAUCUGCCUUUUUUUUUUUUUUUUUAAAUUGGAUAAUAUGUGACUUGGUCAGUAUGCAUCAUAUUUGAGGUAUUUUACUGGUAAACCAUCAACAGUUUACAAAACUGUUUCAGGGACAGCUGAAAUCAUCAGACUGGUUCUUAACUUUCUUCCAUUCACCUUCUUAACUCUUUCCAAAGACCAUAUUGAUUUAGAGAAUCAUUAGAGAACAGAAGGCAGCUGACAGAAACUUCCUGAAGAGAAGCCUUUUCUAUUCAAUGUCAGUUAAUUAGGGUGCUCUUAUUCACAUGCCUUAAAUAAAUAUAUACUAAUUUGUGGCUUUAAACUGCUGACAUUCAGGAUUUAAAGUGGAUCACCAGUGUAAAUGUAUUCAUCACAGUAACAGUAUUCAUCACAGGAAGUAAGCAGUAGUGUUCUAAAACAGAAUUUAAAAUCAAUGACUUCAGUAGAGUUAGCUGAUACGCAAUCUGUUUCGGUUGGAGAUCAUAGCUUCUGUUUGAAAUUUUUAUAAAUAUAUUUUUUUAAUUAUUUUUGUUUUUACUUACACCAGUAGGGUCUUUGAGGAGCUAACAGGGUGGGAGGAGAUGAUGUUGGGUUCAGCUGACAAAAGCCUAUGGAGAGGUCAAACUGUGGCAAGAAAAGAUUGUAGUAGGAAAUUGUUCUUGGUAUAUGCAUAUAGCAGAUGAGCAUAAAGAAUAAUUUCCUCUUGCAUACUAAGCAACAAGAACAUGAUGUUUUUCUUGAACAAGGUUCUGUGGUAAUUAAAACUCAGCUGCUCCACAUGCAGUGUUGUACUUUGACCAAUUUCAAGUAGAAUAAACUUAAUGCUAUAGUGUACGCACAGCAUAAACUUUUGUAUAACAAGUGGAUCACGGUUAUCAAAAAAAUCUGCUUUUAAGUGCUUGGAUAGAACUUUUAAAAACAUGACAUUGUAAUCCUGCUAUAAGAAAAUGCUUUUGUAUGAUAAAUAUUUCAUACCAUCUUUCUAAAAAUGUCUUAUUUAGAUAGUGUCACAAUUGUAUUUUUAUGAAGAUGUGUAUUUUAAUACUGUUAUGGUUUGUAUACAAUUACUCAUGACCAAAAGUUUAAUGUAUCUAUUAUGUUACUUAAACUACUUCACUUUAGCAUUACUUUCUAACUUGGAAUUUCUUUUGCGCACCAUGAUGAAUAUGAUUUCUAAUCUAGAAAUUAAUAAGUGGCCAUUCUUAUACUAAAUUUAACUUGGAGCACUGUGUAGCUUCUUGGACCCCUAUAAGCUGGUAACAACUGAUAAAUAUUAUUACAUGACUGCAAAUAUGUAUUUUUGUAAAAGAAAAUAAAUGGGUUUGUUUUUUUGGACUUAUGAGUCUUA